UAUUCCCAGGUCCAGACUCCCGUUUUCUCCGCAGGAAGUCGGAAAAGAAGAAGGCAGGAAAUAAUUGUAAAUCACACAGGACUGUCAAAGGCUUUAUCCAGCGAUUUCUUUUUUCGAACAUAAAAAAUAAAGAUGUGGAAGGCAGCAGCCGGUCAGUCGGUCAGCGUUGCUGUGGACAACGGUGCGGAUGACUGGGAAACAGACCCAGACUUUGAGAAUGACGUGACGGAGCAGGAGCAGCGCUGGGGGGCCAAGACGGUGGCUGGCUCCGGCCACCAGGAACACAUCAAUAUCCAUCAGCUACGUGAGAAGGUGUCAACGGAGCACACGUCUCUGAAGCAGCAGGAGCUGGAGAACAUGCCCAAGGCCUCGCACGGCUACGGGGGCAAGUUUGGAGUGCAGCAAGAUCGCAUGGACAAGUCUGCAGUAGGCCAUGAGUACCAAAGCAAGCUGUCAAAGCACUGCUCACAGACCGACACCUCCAAAGGAUUUGGCGGGAAGUUCGGAGUGCAGGCUGAUCGUGUUGACCAGUCUGCUGUUGGGUUUGAGUAUGCUGGCAAGACAGAGAAACAUGCAUCGCAGAAAGACUACUCCACUGGGUUUGGAGGCAGGUAUGGGGUGCAGGCGGACCGCGUGGACCAGAGUGCCGUGGGAUUCGACUACCAGGGGAAAACUGAAAAACAUGAGUCCCAGAAAGAUUAUGCCAAAGGCUUUGGUGGUAAAUUUGGAGUAGAGACAGACAAGGUGGACAAGAGUGCGGUGGGAUUUGAGUACGAAGGCAAAACGGAAAGACACGAGUCCCAGAAAGACUAUGUGAAAGGCUUCGGGGGCAGAUUUGGUGUACAGUCGGACAGGCAGGACAAGUCAGCAGUCGGCUGGGACCACCAGGAAAAACUGCAGCUGCACGAGUCACAGAAAGACUACUCUAAGGGAUUUGGAGGGAAGUUUGGGGUUCAGAAGGACAGAAUGGAUAAGAGCGCUGGGACAUUUGAGGAAGUUGAAAAGCCAAGUCCAGCCUACCAGAGAACCAAGCCUGUGGAGGCUGCUGGCAGCAGCACAGGCAGCAUCAAGGCCCGCUUCGAGAACAUCGCCAAACAGAAGGAGGAGGAGGAUAAGAAGAGGACAGAGGAGGAGCGAGCAAGGAGACAGUUGAAGGAGAAGCAGGAACAGGAGGAGGCGCGUCGCAAGAUGGAUGAAGUCAAAGCUCAACCAGCCUCUCCCGUGCCAAGUCCAACCCCUCCCGCCCAGGCACCGGCCCCUGUGUAUGAGGACACGGACGUGUACCAGGACCCCGCCCCCCAGGCUGCUGCAGAGAAUGGGGAGCAGCUGUAUGAGGCGGAGCCCAGCCCCCAGCCACCCGCCCAGCAGGAAGCGCUCUACCAGAACCCCGAUGACUACCAGGCUGACGGGGGAGAUACCCAGACGUACGAGUAUGGGGAGGACCAGGGGGUGACUGCUGUGGCACUGUAUGACUACCAAGCAGCUGGAGAUGAUGAGAUCUCCUUUGACCCGGACGACAUCAUCACCAACAUUGAGAUGAUUGACGAGGGCUGGUGGCGGGGUGUUUGCCGGGGUGCGUACGGACUGUUCCCCGCCAAUUAUGUUGAAAUACGACAGUGAUCUCCAUGCGCACUUUCACACCAUUAAGAUGCCUCUUUUUGUUUCUCUCUCUCUUUAAUAUUCUGUUGCUCCAUCUGGGUUCAGCUUUGUUUCUUCAGUCUUUUACUCCCUAUCCUUCUACCUCUUGUCUCUCUGCCAGAUAUCUGUACUGCUAGUGAGAGGUUCACUUCUCUGUACAGGUCUGCUAGUGAGAGGUUCACUUCUCUGUACAGGUCUGCUAGUGAGAGGUUCACUUCUCUGUACAGGUCUGCUAGUGAGAGGCUCACUUCUCUGUACAGGUCUGCUAGUGAGAGGUUCACUUCUCUGUACAGGUCUGCUAGUGAGAGGUUCACUUCUCUGUACAGGUCUGCUAGUGAGAGGUUCACUUCUCUGUACAGGUCUGCUAGUGAGAGGUAGACAUCUCUGUACAGGUCUGCUAGUGAGAGGUUCACUUCUCUGUACAGGUCUGCUAGUGAGAGGUUCACUUCUCUGUACAGGUCUGCUAGUGAGAGGUUCACUUCUCUAUACAGGUCUGCUAGUGAGAGGCUCACUUCUUUAUACAGGUCUGCUAGUAAGAGGCUCACUUCUCUGUACAGGUCUGCUAGUGAGAGGUAGACUUCAGUGUCCUGGGUGUGGUAGGAUGACUGGAGUACUCAGGCUUUUAGGCUGCUUUCCCAGAGGGACGAACAAUGCUUUCUUAUCUCAUUUUGGAAUCAAAUAAGAAUGACAAGAGUUCCAUAUAUAUCUUGUUUCAGACUUACCUAAACGGUUUUUGCUGCUCUGCCUUCCUGCUCCAUCUUAGGGUUCUAUUAUAUCUAUUUAUAGUUUGCCUACCUGCAGUAAGUAGAUUUAGGUUCACCAAAGAAAGGGUUAGAUUAGUUUGAUCACAAGCCUGGUAAAGCAAUCUCCUCGUGUGGGCUCAUGUACUGGGCCCUUGCACCUCAUUAGAAACCUAUUGCCUUAUGGUGGGUUGGUUAAGAACUGGAGGUAUGAUAUGCAGCUGUUCUUGACACUUCUGGGCGGUAGGCUGGAGAGAAGUCUGGUUCGAGAAAGCAGGGAGCCAUAAUUCAGCUGAUUUACCACAGUAGCAGCUAGAGAUCUGAAAGACAUGAAUAUUAUUUUUAACACUACAUACCUGCAUGAGUGUUCGAACUAUCUAUAACGUUUCUAAAAUGCACUACACAGACCUACAUAAGCUCUGAAAUUAAGUGAAUUGAAAAUGGUGGUACGUCAGUAUGUCUCAGCUAAGAUAAGGCCUACUGAAGCGGUUAUAAAAACAGUAUUAAUAAAGUCACCCAUUGUUCUCUUUGCUGAAGACGUAUAACAGAUACCAGAGUCCAUUUGAACGUUCUGCUGUUCUUGCUUCUCUUGCUGUUGCUGUCCCAACACCCGGGCCACAGAUGCUGCCUGGGAUUCUGUCUAGUGUUGCAUACUGUUGUGGGGCUUUUGGUGUAUUCACACACUGACAUCCUUUUUCUAAGUGGACCAAUGUGUUAAUGAGGCAAAUUAUUAAGAAAGUGAUAUUAAUCUAGUUGUUUUAUAUUUCAGAAUGGCUUGAACUAUAGCAGGCUAAAAGGGAACCUUUUCUUUGGUGGAUGCUAAUUAUCUAAACUGACAAUAUCUCUUGUCGUUAUGGCAAGUUGUGUAGCUUCUUGUCGUUAUGGCAAGUUGUGUAGUUUACAGUUGAGUAGGUAUAUGAGUGGAUUAUCUAAUUCCAUCAGGGUUUGGGGUUUUGUAAUAAAAUUAUGCAUUCUUUUAAUCUGUAUUUUGCUUGUAUUCUGCUUGCUCACAUCUAUCAUUAUGGCUGUUUAUUUUUGAGUAAAUGUUUUCAAUAAACAAAUAAACCUGUA